AAGUCAGGCAUGUCGUGCUUCGCGUCAGUCUGCUAGAAUGAGGGCAAAGAGGCGGUAAUGUAAUUUUUCACCCCUAUCACCCUCCUAUCACCGAUUAAUUUGUUUUUGUUUCGUAGUGUUAUCUUUAGUCUUUAUAUCAUUGUCCAUCGCGUAUUGCACGUAGUAAGAUCCUUAAGUCUUAACAUUGAGCACGAAUAAAUACUGAAACAUAAGGCACUUUCGGCUUUGAAUCUCUUCAUAUAUACUUUUGCGAUGUGUUAUUGUGUUUAUUUUUUGUUCAUUUAUAAAUAAACACAUGCCAUGGAGUAACAUAAUCUGUUAUGUUACUCCUCGUGGGUGGAGGAAAAGAGAAAGGCAGAAAAAUUGACAGAAUGAGACAAGAAAGAAGAGAGACAUAAAUAAUUGUGUCUAAUCUUCAAUAAUAAGUUAAGGAAUCUUCUCAUUGGAAGCACUAGAUCAGAUCUUCGACUGAAGGUCUCAGUAAAAAUUAUGGCGAAUCCAUGUAGUGUGUUUGCUCACUUGGCAAAGUUAAUUGUGACAAUUGCCUGUAUGAAAUUCUUCAAAGAUUCAUAUUCAUUUAGAGCAAUUGAUCACGCUUGGGCUGUGAGAGCUUUUCAAAUUCUUUUUACACACUCUGUUCUCGGAAUAAUACGAUUUGGAACACCAAACACUACCAAGCGAUUUCGUAACUUUUACGACUGGUUUUCUGUGCUAGUGGAGAUAGCGCCUUUUGCUUUUUUCACGACAGAAAUUCUCCUCGGAUACAAGACUUGGCAUGAAGCAAGACUGCUUCUUUUGGCUUUGGGCCUUCUUCCAAUGCUUUACGAGCCAACGACGACGGAUCGAGAUCGCUCGAAACAUCGUCUCUACACAGAUGUCAUUUUUGCACUUCAAGCAUUAAUAUUGGUUUUCGUCUGCUUAGAAAAUGGAAAUUUAUUCGUUGUGAGUCUCGCAGCUUCCUUCGCGCUCGCUCGAUUUAUUUCCGAAGAUUUUUGCGACAAAUUUGAUGUUCCUUAUAUUGACCUCACACAAUACAGCCUAUGCUUCGUCGAAAUCUUUGCGAUGGCGACUUUGAAAGAUAUUGAACCUUUAUCUCGUUGACAACUGAUAAAUCGUUAAGAACUUGUAUAGAUUUUUUAAGCUCUUUUGUGCCUGGAUUGCAGUUUGCGUGCUUCUGAAACGGUACAAAUUACGAAGAAAGCCUACUUUAUAAUUAUAGGAGAUGAAGCAGAUAUACCGAUACAAUAAGGUUUCGGCCUCCACAAUCAAAAGGAUUCAAAAAUGUUACAUAGAUUUAAACGAGUUUGAUUAGAGGAUUUCGAAAUUUCAUUUUUAUUUUCUUGUCUGCGCCGAACUUUACUAACACUAGUCAGUAACAAAUGCCUAUUUUUUACAAUCUUAUUUAAGAAAGAGAAUAUUAAAUAGCUGGUGAAAUAUUAACCCAUUCGCAAAUUAUUUUUAUUCGCUUCAACAGAGUUUUUAUAUAAAUAUAUGCUUAAACGAGUUACAUACCUAGUAAGUUAUUAUGUACUAUAAGCAGAUACUCUACAAUUUAGAAGGUAUUGUUAUUAAGAAAAAUUGUGGAUGGGUUAAUUAAAUCAUAUAAAAUUUUGUACUUACGCUCCUCCAUUUUAUAUAGUUACUUGUUCGCUAUGAAUAUUGAAAACUGUUCUUGCAGAGUCGAUAAUCGAAAAUUAUUUGUUAAUAAUUUUAUUGUGCCAAAUAUAGGGUAAAAAUUUAUCCAAUAUAAUAUGUUUCUUUCAAAGAAAAUAAUAGAUUUCGCACAAGUGUUGUGAAAAAGGACCAGAUAUUUUUCGUUGUAUUUCAAGGUUACAGAAUUGAAAUGUAUUUAUACUUGAGUAUAUGAAUAUUUAAAUAAUAUACAUACUAUAACUUAUUCUAAUAAGUUCAAACUUCCGGAAUGAAAUAAUGGACAAUUAUAUUCGCCAAUGUUCGAUCGAUAAAUAUAUUGAUACUUUUAUAUCGAUAAUAAAGGCCUUUUUUAGAAAA